AUGCGAACUCGAUCGCAGCAAGCAUCUCCUGGCGGCUUUUUAUCCCUCGAUGACAGUGCUCCUCGUCGGACAAGGUCUACUAGGAACACCUCGCAACCAAACGCGCAACCUUCAGUCUCCACCCAAACCACAACUCGACCAAAAAGUCAAGACACCACCAAAAAGAUCACCAGAGCCGCAAAGACACAGACGAGAAAAGCCCCUCAGCGAGCGACAAGGAAGUCAACUCGCAAGACGGAGAAUCAAACCGCCGACGGUAGCCAACAUGAAUCCCAUAACAAUGAAGAACGCGCCGAGACCGCGCCCCUGGGCGACAAAGAAAACCUCGCAAACGAGUCCCAGGACCCAGAUUCUGUUACACUGGCAGAUAAUACAGUUCUUUCAGAGCUGAAAAGCUCUUCCCUUAUGCGUGAGUACCAUAUGGACCCAAAAUACCCCUAA